UCAAUAUCCCAAUUAUUAAUUAAAUGAUCAUAUCAUUAACUUGCUACAAAAGCUUCAUGGUAUAUAUAUAUCCUAGAUAAGUAACAAAAGUAUUUGGAAUGAAAUUUACAAAAUGGCAUUGAGCAACAAUGUCAUAGGAAUCAUAAACUUCAUUGCAGUACUCCUCUCAAUCCCUAUCAUAGGUGCUGGAAUUUGGCUAACAACAUUACAAGCAGAAUCAUGUGUCAAAAUCCUACAAUGGCCAGUGAUCAUUUUAGGGAUACUAAUUUUCAUUGUUGCAAUGGUAGGGUUGGUUGGAGCCUUUUGGAGGAUACCGAUGCUUCUUAUAUUCUACCUUAUUGCAAUGAUUGUGCUCAUUGUAUUGUUGGUUUCUUUGGUGAUUUUUGUUUAUUUUGUCACACUUAGAGGACAUGGAAAUAUUGAACCUAAUAGGUCAUAUUUGGAGUAUCAUGUGAAUGAUUUUUCAAUUUGGCUAAGAAGAAGGGUUAGAAGUUCACAUAAGUGGGAUGGAAUAAAGAGUUGCCUUAGUUCAUCAAGUAUUUGUGCUGAGUUGAAUCAAAGUUAUCGGUUGCCUCAAGAUUUCUUUAAUGCACACCUAUCACCCUUGCAGUCAGGGUGUUGCAAACCACCAACAAAAUGUGGCUACACAUUUGUGAACCCAACUUAUUGGAUUAGUCCAAUCAACAAUGGUGAAGACAUGGAUUGCAUGAAAUGGAGCAAUGAUCAAACACAACUUUGCUACAAUUGUGACUCAUGCAAAGCUGGUUUAUUAGCAACACUUAGAAUAGAUUGGAGAAAAGCCAAUGUGAUAUUGAUUGUUACAUUGGUUGGUUUAAUUGUUGUUUAUUUGUUUGGGUGUUUUGCCUUUAGGAAUGCCAAAACUGAGGAGCUUUUUCGCAAAUACAAGCAAGGAUACACUUGAAAUUAUUAGUUUACUUUUUUUAUUUUGUUGAAAUUCAACUAGAUUAGAUUAUGAGCAUGGCGAUGAAUGGUGAAAUUGGCUUAUUUUGCUUUGUCUUAACUGUGAGAAUUUGUGGUGAAAAAAUACAUGAAAUUGAAGUA